AUGUUGUUUCUGAACACGAAUGGUAUCAAAAAUAUCAUAAAUGGGAGGAAUGAGGGUUGGAUCACCGAUAUUCUUAAUGCUAACGACAGAUCGGAUCAUAAUGGACGCGCGAUUAAAGUACGCUUGGGGGUACAUGGCGAUGAAGACAGAGGAGGUUUGGAUAAGGACAUACAGGUUCACGGUAACUUUGUAUUACCUAUGUUGUGGGAGGAGAUGUGGGCAGAAACUAUCGGGUGGGAGUAA